AGAAUUAACGUAAUUGCUGAAAUCUUGAUCUGUCUUUCCCGAGUGGUGAUUUUUUCAUAGGAUACUUUUCGUUAUUUUCACUAACACUGUAGCAGACGGUUGCUGAUCCCCAUUAUUUUUAGGCAUAUUCAUUUUACUACUAAUUGCCACUUGAGCGGCUACGAAAAUUUCCAGUUGUUCCGUUUGUAAGUGCUAUUUAAACAAUUAUGUUUUUGGGCUAAUUUGGAGAGUAGCACCCUGACGUCAUUGCGUUUGUCCCUGGUUCCGAUAGAGGUAAUCUACCACUUGAGCGUCGGCCAAGAAAAAAUCCAGUUGUACCGGUUGGAAGGGCUAUUUAAAUAACUAUUCUUACAUUGGAGUCUGUUAAUAAUUUUGCUUCCGUAUAGAGGCUAUAAAGUUAUAUAGCACAAUACUACGACUACAAUACUAAUACAUUUAAAUAAUUAUUACUGCCAAGCUACCGAUAUGACAGGAAGAAAAAGAGACUACAAUUAUUUUUUUUGAUCCAGAUGACGCGGAUGUCCACACACAGAAUGUGGAAAAUGUGGAUGCUCAAAAAGCGUAAACUGAAAAGACAGUUUGGCACAAGCUGUGAUCUUUCCCGUCAUAUUUACGUGAAUUCAUGUACGUCAACCGAUUUCGUGGAACUUAUAUUUUUUAACGAAGUGGUUAUGCGCAGCCGACUGCGUAUAACCCUGAGAGUUAUACGCAGUCGGCAAGUCACGUGAGGUCUAUAUUCUUCCUGUGUUACAGUAUCAAUCAAUAAGGUGCUACGUAUCGGGUUGACUGGGUGGUCAAAUGGUACAAACUGACCAAACCUCAAGUUGGUGGUCUUGAGUUCAAUUCCAGCCAACGGCAAGCCAUUAAUACGUGUCAGUUACUAUGUUUGUUCUCGAGAAUGAAGCAAAAUCAACUAGGCUUAUUGUUUUACUUAUGUUUUGGCUAAAAAAUGUUAAAACAUGAGAAGAAUUAUUAACUUGACCAAUGUAAUGUUAAUAAUGUUAUUCUUAUAAUUAUCAAAUAUAUGUUUGUGUUAUUAACAUAUAUUUUGUGUUGUUAACUAAUUUUGUGGCAGAUUAAAUUAUGUUUCUCUGGUACAGUAAUAAAUAUAAUCAUAAUCAUGGGUUGAGAGUAGCAGUAAAAAAAUCGCUGUAUGUAGGGGCAGGGGUUCUGUAGAGGGGGCACUGUAAGUAAUGCACAGUUAUAGUUUUGCACGGAAGCUGAAAACUGUUACAUUUAGGUCAUCAAAAAAAAAAAAUCAUAAAUGAUAUAAUUUUAAAAAAAAAAAUAGAAUGUAUUUCCUGAAUUAGUCAGUAAAACCAACCACAUAGUCAUAGCAACAUAUAAAAACCUAAUCAAUCAAAAUACAUAACUAGACUUAGACCGCUUUAGGCUUAGACUCUAAGAAAUGUAGACUUUGACUUAUACUUAUAAUUAUAAUAUAUAAGAUACAACCAAUAAUACUAAUUAUAGCACUAAUACUAAUAAUAUUGCUAUCAACAAUUUCAAUAUUAAUUAAAAUUAAUUCACUUAAAAUUUUACGCUAAACACAUUCAAAGUUCUAGUACAAAACAACCCAUCAUGCAGCUCAUUACGCAUAAUACUUUUUUUUUAAAUUGCCAAACAAGCGAUUGAUAAACCUUAUUUGGCUAAAUUCCUAGCCGACUGCGCAUAACCCUGAGAGUUAUGCGCAGUCGGCUGUGAAUAACCCUCAGGGUUAUGCGCAGUCGACUGCGUAUAACUCUCAGGGUUAUGCGCAGCCGACUGCGUAUAACGCUUCCCAUUUUAAAAAAAAAAAAACUUCAUUGUCGCCUUGGGGAGAACUAUGCAUAAUUCCAUUUUCAAACAUUAAAUUGUUUACAUUUUUCUAUUUCAAAUUUUUUUAAUAGUUUUUCUAUUAAAAAAAUGUUUUUGUGUAUUUGUAUUAGUACUAUUAUUAUGGGAAUGAAUAAGCACAAUGUAUGUCAUUAAAAAUAAUUAAUAUAUGAAUAAGUGUUUAUUUAAAAAGCCCUUCCAACCGGCACAGCUGGAUUUUUUCUUGGCCGACGCUCAAGUGGUAGAUUACCCCGAUAGGGUCAAAACCCUGGUUCCGACAGGGUCAAAACCAUGGUUCCGAUAGGGUCUAAACCCUGGUUCCGAUAGAGUCAAAACCCAGGUUAGGCUAGGUACUUGGAUAAAAUUUUCAAAUUGAAUGAAUUAUGAAAUGAACACAUCUGUAUGAUAGCCCUUGUUAAAUGAAGUAAUAAUAUGUUUUCAUUUUUCAUGUAGCACUUUCGGUUAAAAAGAUAUGAUUUUUUUUUUGUGAAUAAAAAAUCACUUUUUUUACAUUCAUAGAGAUUUGUGACCUCUUUUCACAAUUUUUUUACGAAAAGGCUCAUAACUUUAUAGCAGAAUGGACAAAUAAUAUGAAACUUUCCAGAAGUGUUCAUCAUCAUAUUAUCAACAUCUUUGUUGCUUUAAAAACUAAAAAAAAAUCAAUAGAAUAUUUUAAAAAUAUUUUUUAAUGUCAUUAAAAAAAACUUUAAAAAAAAAAAUUAAAAAAAUUAAGACCAAACGUAAUUUAUUUUAAAACAGGGAAUAUAACAGAGGCAAUUUUCCAAUAAAAAUUAUGCUUUAAAUUGAAAUGGAACAAUAUCUGAUAAAAUAUUAAUUAAUAUAUCUAUUAUUGUAUAGAUAUUAGGGGUGUGCCGGAUCCGUUUUUUCCAACCGGAUCCGGAUUUUCUUAUGCGAAAUCCGCCGGAUCCGGAUUCCGGUUUCUCCCGGAUUCCGGAUUUUGGUACUAUUGGUAGAUACUUCGGUAAGUCAAGGUGGACUACUACUUUUUGUGUAUGGGAAUUCGCAAUCGGCGCCAAAAAAUCCGAGUUUUUAAUUUUCCGAUGUGUGUGUCUAUUUAUUAUUAAAUUAGUACUUUCGAUAUAUAUUUGAGUUCCGUUCCAUUUGGAUAAGUGUCUUACGAGAGACGCCAUGUUUCUACGCGUUCGCAGCAGGUUAUGCAGCUCGCUCAACCUAAUUUCGCCAUGGGGUUGGCCACGCCCCCCUUUUUAAUGGCGGAAGUUGACGAUACUUAGGAAAUAUUAAUUUAUUAUCACUAUUUACAUCAAAAUAAUUGAUAACUUGUGUUUCAGAAUGCAUUUAAAGACAUUUAAACUGGAAUGUUUUAAUUUGAGCUUUAACAACCCGGUAGAAUCCAUAUUAUAAAUGAUCAGAAUUUACCGUGUGCAACACGUUGUCAUUGGCAACCAUUCACAGCCACUUGCAUAACUGUAUCGUAGUACUACCUCAGAGUUUCAUUCAUAAGAGUUUGCCGUGUGCAAAAACUAUUAAACCAUUGGUCAGGGAAAGCUUUAAUUAAUUAUUCAUGUGCCAAAGUUGAAAGUUUAAACUAAGUCUAAACAGUAUUUUAGUGAUAAGGCAGGGAAUGCGUUGCCUUAUAUAAACUAUAUAGUCAUUGCGCAUGACGGGAUUGGUGGAAUGAGAUCACAGAAUGUGGAGAUGCAGUCCAUGUUAAAAAAUGACAAACCAAGUCGUACUUUAAAAAUUCAUAACUUUAAAACUACAACAGCUAAAAAUAUGAUUUUGGUGUUAUAAUUCUUUAAAAAAUUACAUCUUUUCAACUAUGCCAUUGGUUUAUUUUUACAAAAAGUUUAAAUUUUCUUAUCAAAGUCCCUACACUAUUGGCCACUAUUAGCGGUGCUGACUCUAGCCUCUGGUAUGUACGGAAUAUUAAACAUUAAACAAGCUCAACGCUCGAAACAAUCGAUUAAUGUAUCGUGAUCGUGUGAAAUUCGGGAAAGAGAAUUACUUUUAUUUCAGAUUAUGAUCCGGUGAGUCACAAAAUCUGGCAAAUUCCGAAAUCCGGUAUAUUCUGGAUUCCGGAAUCCGGUUGUUCCGGAUACAUGUAAAUCCGGCGGAACCGGAUUUCACCGGAUAGUGCAAAAUCCGGCGGAACCGGAUUCCGGACCGGGGUCCGGCACACCCCUAAUAGAUAUUACUAAAUUCUUAUUACAAUAAAAACCUAAUACUAAUUAAGAUGGAACUUGAUUGCUUGAAGCAUUAUAAAAUUUCUUGGGCUUUCUUAUCUGUCAACUAUUGUUAAAUAAUACUGUUUCCGGUUUGUCACUUUCGUUUUCGGACAUUUUUUUUUUCUUUUCAAGAUUUAUAUCCGUUCUGGCCAAAAAUAACAUUGUUAUGGCCAUCUUAGAGACUUGAAAUUUUACAUGGUCAUUUUUGAUACAAUUCUACAGGUACACCAGGUCGAUUUAAAAUGGGACAACGAAUAGUUUUCAAAAUAUUGAUAAAUUAGACUUAGCUGCUUUCUCACAUUUUUUUUUAUUUACAACAUACUGAUAUUACUGAAAACAAAAUGGAUAUCGUUAAAGCCCGUUCAUUAACGUAACUAGAACAGUAAUUCGUUCGUUGAUCCGACGUUUCUAGCUCGAAAAAAUAAUUUUUUAGUGAACCCUAUCAUCCAGCACACCAAAAAUAGCGUCUCAAAAUCCUAGGGGCAAAAAUAGCCUCAUUAGGCUAGGGAUAAUGGUAUGUACUCUGCCGAAGCAAGGGACACUCCUAGUAAAUUUGUAUCGGAAAUGGGCCUCGGCGCAAUAGAAUCAGAGUUUUUAAUUUUUUCACGUGCAUGUUAUUUGAAUAAAUUAGGAUUCCUUUUGGCCCAUAAUUAAGGUCUGCCCAUUAACGUUACUAGGAGUAGGGAUAGCAAUACUUGUCCACGCACCGUUCUGCGCAUGUCCUAAAAUGUCGAAAUUAUGUGUUCUGCAAAGUUGGCGUACAGCUACAUGGUAUCAUUGGAAAAUUGCAUACUACGUCACCUUUGUUUGUUAAAUAAUUGCUUUCCUCAUCACUGACGUAUCAGUUUUUGUGUUCCGGUCAUAUAUUGAUUUAUGCUACGAUAUUUUGUUUGCAUCACGGGCAGUAUUAUUAUAAUGACUCGGUUAGUAUAUAAAUCGUAUAAAUACUUUUUUACUAGUAAAGCCACCAAAAUAAGGUUUAGUGCUCCCUAAUCUACAUUCAUUGUAAGAGUUUUUUCUUUUUUUGAGUUUUUAUCGUUGAUAAAAAGUGGGGGUAUGAAAUUAUCAUUAUUUGUUUAUUUUGAUUGAGAAGCCGGAAAUGGCUGCUAUCACUGUGAUUCGUUAAUGUUAAAUCCUUAAACUUAAACAUCUAAAUAAUUAUAAGACGUUUAAAAUGAAUCAUUUUAAGGAAAGAUUAUAACCAAACUUGAAAAGUUUAUGUAGUUACCAACCCUUGGUUAAGUUUUAUUUAUUACGUUAAAAAUUGUGUACGGCACCGGUACACAGUUUAUCGUGUUUUCAUUAUUGAAUCAAUAUUAAAUAGUUUUACAAUAGUAAUAUGGAUAAUAAUAAUCGUUUUUCUCUUAAUUAUUUCAGAGAAUAUUACUAAAAUUAGGCCUACAUAUCAUUAUCAGUUAUAAUUAUAAAAAACUGUUAUGAUAAUCCUAUAAUUGUCUAUUUUUAUUUAGGCCUAGGCCUAAGCUUAAUUUUUCUUAAUCUAAUUCUAUUACAAGCCUAUAAGUUAUAUAUAACAGUUUUAUUAAAAUACAUCAAAUUAAUAAACAAGACUCAAACAACAUCAUCAUAGCAAUUAUAUUUUUAUUAGGACAUAGAAAAGCAGUACGUAGACAAUUAUUUAAUAGAUCAAAUAACAUUUUUUAAUGAAUUAGUCUCAUAAUUAUCAUAUUCAUAUUAUUAUUAUCAUCAUGGAUGAUUUUAUUUGAGUAAUUUUUAUUUAUAUAUACAUGCGUUCAAUUUUAUAAAUAAAAAAGACUACUUACCUUUUUAUAAAUAUAAUAAUUUAUUUAAAAUUUAACACAAGCUUAAUAAAAUUAGUUAAAAUUCAAUAAAUAUGUUUUUAAAAAAAAUAUUUUCCUGUAUAAAGAAUGAUUUUCCCAAUUUUUCUGUUCAGUUUUUUCUGAACAUACCCACAAAUAAAUUCAUUAAAAAAUAAAAGUCUUAAUGUUAUAUAAAAGUUAAGUUGUUUAUUGUACUGUAUAUUCAAUAUAUUGCAUUGAGAAUGUCUCCUGAAAAUUUGGUAGCAUUAUCUUUUAAAAUCAAAAAGUUUUUGGUAAAAUAAGGCAGAAAUUUUGAAAAUGGGUCACACGUUUUUUCAGUUAAAUACUAAGACAAAGAAGGGGUGUUUAAAAAUCACCAAAAAAAUCAUAACUCCACUUCUAUAACAGAUAGAAAGAUGAAAUUAGUGUUGUUGUAAAGCUUAUAGCUAGCCCUUUAAAAUGAACCCCUCCCCAGAACCACUCCCCAAAGCUUACUGCCAAAAGUAUUAACACAUGAGUUGGCAGUGGCAAUAAAACUAUGAAAAUGAACAGAAACCAACAAGAAAAUGGCCAAAAAUAUUUUUAAAAACUAUGAAAUAAUUAAAACCCAACUUCCAGUUUCAUGAAAUACACUUUUACACACUUUAUUUCAGGUUCCAAAGAAAAUAACAUGCACAAAUGAAUUGAGCGCUGAAUAGAGCGCAACAGCCGGCAUUGGGCUGACAUGUUUAAAAGAUGGUGGCACAAAUAAAAUAUGAUAAUUAGCCAACCUAUGAUAAUUGAAAAUUAUAAAUAAUCAAGCAAUGAAAGGGAAAAUUUUAUCAUUUUUUAAAACAUUUUUCAAAAAUGUUAAAAAAAACAAUUUUUUUGAUGAUUUUUUCGCUUUUUCAUAAAAUUUUUUUUUCCAAUUUCUUUAAAUUUUACAUUUUCUUGAAACGCACUUUUACAAAAUGCUAUAAAUUUGUGUGGUUUCCCUUUUUUCCCCAAUUAAAUUUUCAUGUUAAAUUGCUUAUUUUUCUAUAUUUCUGUAAGUAGUUGAUAAAACACAUUCUCCCCAACCGUCUUUGCACUACUUUUUUUUUUUAACUCAGCCGCCAUCUUGGUUGACAUGGACCGUGACCUUCUCACUGAUUUUUAUUUUAAUUUUCUUUUUUUUUUUUUUUUUUUUUAGUUGUUUUUUAAACUCUUUCUCCCCCACCGUUUUUGUUCUUUUUUUUUUUUUUUUUUAACUCAGCCGCCAUCUUGGUUGACAUGGACCGUGACCUUCUCACUGAUCGUGUCAACAAAGAUGGCGGGCGCCAUGAUGGGAAACCCCGGGGCGAUGACUAUGCAUUUACCAUUUGUUGAAGUACAUGUGUGCAAAAUUUCAUUUAGAUAGCUCAUGAAACAUUUUCACAAUACUCCUCAACGUUGACCUCAUUAUGCAAAGGUUGCACAGGCCGUUUUGGCCCCUUUUAAAUGGCGGAAAACGCCGAUACUUCUUUUUGAAUGGCGGAAAACGCAGAUACUUAGCUUAGGAGAUAUUCAUUAUUACCUCUAUAUACAUCAAAAUAUUUUGAUAACUUGUGUUUCAGAAUGCAUUUUGAAGACAUUUAAACUAGAAUUUUUAAAUUUGAGCUUUAAAAACCCUGUAGAGUCCAUAUUAUUAACAAUCAGAAUUGACCGUGUGCUAAAAGUCAUGGGGAAACCAUUCACAGCCAUUUGCAUAAUGCUAUGCCAUAGUACUACCUCAAGUUUCAUUCAUAAGAGUUUGCCGUGUGCAAAAACUAUUAACACCAUUGGUCAGGGAAAGCUUUAGUUAGUUAGUCAUGUGCCAAAGUUGAAAGUUCAAAAUAAGUAGAUCCCUAACAAAACAUUUUAAGGGGUGGCUGGGGGGCGUUGCCUUAUAUAGACUCUAUAGCAUAUACCGGUAAAUGGACGCUGAAGAUUUGGUAAACAGAAAAGCCAUAUAGUAAUACAUUAUUUUAAAUUUAUUGUUAUACAUAAGGGGUAGUGCAUAGUUAGAUAAACUAUAAUUUAUAUAUAAUUUUAUAACAUUAUUAAAUUAUUUGUUAAUACAGCAUUAGUUCUGAAAAUAAAAGUCGCAUAAAAUUAUCAUUAAAACAAGAGUUAUAUAGCUCGUGACGUGAACAGCGGAAUCAGGUCACAGAAUGUGGAGAUGCAGUCCAUGUUAAAAAAGGACAAACGAAGUCGUACUUUAAAAAUUCAUAACUUUAAAACUACAAUAGCUCUAAAAAUAUGAUUUGGCUAAUCCUAAUUACGAUUGACGCGACUUAUUUUCCAGGGAGUGACUUCCCUUUGUUUAUUUUUACUAAAUUAUUUUAGGGAUUGAUUUAGGGUUCAGGUUAGGCAUGGGGUUCGAUUUAGAGUUCAGGUUAGGCAUUGGGAUUGAUUUAGGGUUUCAGGUUAGGCAUAGGGAUCGAUUUAGGGUUCAGGUUAGGCAUAGGGAUAGAUGACUUCACGUGACGUGUUAACCAAGAUGGCGGCCAUUGAGAAAAUAGUGGCAAUCGUAAUCAAAAUUUACCUAUUCUUUAAAAAUUAGCUCUAUGCAACUAUGCCAUUGGUUUAUUUUUACAAAAAGUUUUAAUUUUCUAAUCAAAGUACCUAUAAUAAGGCAAGGGAUAAGUUUAGGGUUCAGGUUAGGCUUAGGGAUACAUUUUUAGGGUUCAGGUUAGGUUUAGGGAUACAUUUAAGACAUAAAACAUAAGUUCACAUGUCACGGUAACCAAGAUGGCGGCCACGGUGCUAUCUCUCCAAAUUUACCUUUCUUUUAAAACUGGCAUAUUCAUUUCAAAACAUGUACCAUAUUUUCCGGCGUAUAAGACGACUGGCCGUAUAAGACGACCUCCUACUUUUCCUGUUAAAAUCUAGGGUUUGGGCUGUACACCAGCUCAUAAGGCGACUCCCGGCGUAUAAGACGACCUCCGACUUUUGUAAAGAUUUUCAUGGGUUAAAAGUUCGUCUUAUACGCCGGAAAAUACGGUAUAAUAGAAAUUAUCCAAGGCAAAAUUUAUAAAUAGAAAAACUAAAACAAUUUCAAAAUUUAAAAAAAAUUAAACAAUUUGGAUCAAAAAAAAUUUUUUGCUGCCCUGAACCACAACUGAGUGUUCGUAUAUUCCAUUUCUGAUUUGGUUUAUAUAAUGGGAAGCGUUAUCUGCACAGCUCUGCGAAUAAUUCCGAGCGUUAUCAUCAGAACAAAAUCUUCGAAUAAUGCAGGGUGUUAUCGGCAGACAGAAAUUUCGCAUAGUUAAGCAAAUUUCUAGAACUAAUUAGGAUCAUAAUCGGGGGGGGUGGGGGAUUUGGGGGUUGGAGUGUUAAGUAGUGUAUGAGAUAUGGAUCUUCAAUGAGCAUGGCACAAACACAUUUUUAAACCGAAGCUAUGCACAAAUUAAAUAAAACUUGUUAAUAGGCUUAGCUAUAGCCUAUAUAAUGGAUGUAGGGCAAUUAAUUGUGCCUACAUCUGCUGUGUUAGGGGCAUUCAUAGGUUUCAACCUAUAGUCUAUAGCCUAGAGAAUGUUACUAAUAUACCCAGUCGAUCCUCCUAGACAUAACUCUAAUUUUCUAGUAUUUCAUGUUAAAUAUUAUAGUAAUAAAAAUAUGUAGCUAAGUGAGACUGGUUCCAUGGCUCUGAAGUUUCCCUUGCCUUUAUAAGGGAGUGGGGAGUCAGUUGCAUGUUUCAAUUCUUCAUGUAGACUUACAAUUAUCCAUUUUAGAGAGGUCUUAAAUGAUGCCCUAUGUGAUGGGUACCAUUUAGUUUUUUAAAGCACUAUGAUAUUUCACCUAGUCCAGAAAUUUUCUGUCAAAUAGUUGCAAGGCCAUGCCAUGCUAGUGUUAUGAUGCAGAGAGGUGGCUGCAUCAGGUGGCCUGGGGAGGGGCAGUGGCAUAUAGGCCCUACAUUGAAAUAUAAUAUAAUUUAAAUGGCAGCGCGUUCAACUAGCCAACCGGGGUCUCAGAAUCUAAUCCUGGUGAAGGCUAGGAUUUUUCCUGCUUCUUGAGGGUGUCCCUGAGUCUACCCAACUCUGGUGGGUUCCCGGCAUUAGAUGGGGAAAGUAAAGGUGGCUGACAUUGUGCUGGCCACACACUCAGUAUGUCAUAGCCACAGAAACUGGUGAAUGCUGCUUCAAUUGCCCCAUGGGUAGCCAACAUGAUCUGAAAGGGAACUUUAUUCCUGAGACUCGCAUCCUACGACUAUACUGCAGGGUUACAAAUAAUUUGUUUAUGCCAUUUUAUAUUUAGAGCCAUAGUUACAACAGUAGCAGUAUGGCUUUUAGUAUUUAGACUAGGGUACCCAAUUCAUGAACUGGAAAAAAACGGGUUUUGGGGGGGGGGAUCACCUCCAGUUAAAGAGGGUUCCGGGGGCCUCUGCCGAAAACUGUUUAUUGAAAUAUGCUCAUUUGAACUAUUUUGAGACCCAGAAAUCUUGUUAAAUUUACUGUCACUUUUGUAAUUUAAUUUAAACUCUGAUGCAUAUAAACGAAAACUAUAAUUUUGCAGUGAAUACUUAUUUAUUUAUACAUAUAAGAUCUAUGGCAGUGGCAGGGACACUGUCAUUUAUGCAGAAGAGUGGUGGAGGGGGAACAAAGAAGCCAUCGCGCGAGCCCACUUCACUACUGGCACUGGCUACACAGCUAGCCAAAAUAUUACUUGAAGUUAUAUUAUAAAUUAUGAAAGUUUAGGGAUUUGAAAAUGUGUUUGGUUUUAGAAAUGGGACAUUUAGGCGUCUGAGAGACUUUUUCUGGACACUUGGUACAAUCGUGACCCAUAGUUACAACAGUAGCAGUAGGGCUUUUUAUAUUUAGACCCAUAGUUACAAGAGUAGUAGUGGGGCUUUUUAUAUUUAGACCCAUAGUUACAAGAAUAUCAGUAGGGCAUUUUAUAUUUAGACCCAGAGUUACAAGAAUAUCAGUAGGGCAUUUUAUAUUUAGACCCAUAGUUACAAGAAUAGCAGUAGGGCUUUUUAUAUUUAGACCCAUAGUUACUAAGUAGCAGUAGUUCUUUUUGUUUCAAUUUAUCGACAGCCUCUCACAUAUAUUUUUUAAAAGUGGAGCACGGGAAGGAUGAUGUGCAACAAACUAUUCAUAAUUAAUCAUAGUCAUACAGCUACAAUUUGGGUUACUUGGAGUAAGAUGAGUCCCAAGUUAGUCUUUUGGUCUUGGUUUAGGCCAUUUAACCAGGUGUUAUUUUGAGGUAUGUUAUUAACAGCAAAUCCAGUAAGGGAGAAGGACAUCAGGACCUUUCCCUAGAACCAAAUGAAAGAGUGAUGCCUUUUUCUGAUGAUAAACAUGCAUAUUUUUUGGUUGCGCUUUUUAAAAAAAAAAAGCGCAACCAAAAAAAUGCUUUCCUGGAUUGCCUAUUAAGAACAUAUUUAAAAAACAAUUCCCAUGUUUACAACGGCGAUUGCCUUAGUUAUUCUUGCCUAUGCUCAAGGCUCAAUGACUUAAUCUUUCUAGGUGGCAUUAAGAGGUUAUUUCCCACAUCCAGGAAAGGAGUCAUUGUUUGGGAUUCAGGGAAACUAAGUACUGUUUCUUCACUUGUCUAUUAUUUACUUUUACUCCCUUUAACUUUAACCCAACUAGUAGCUGUAUAAUCAUAAUUAUGUAAUAUGGUAGUUGGUAGUAUAAUAAAUUAUCCAUAACUCAUUCUUAAUACCCUUUUAGAAAGCACAAUAUAUAAUCAUAUCAAUAAAUAAUCAUCAUUUUUCUGUCGUCGCUGUGAAUGAAUUGGUUAUGUCGUAGACAUAGUGGUAAAAAGCAUUUGAUGUGGCAGUUGUCUUUUAAAUUUAACAAUUAGUUAUUUACUUAAAAUUAUAAUUUAUUGCAUAAUUAAAACUGCUUAAUUUUUUUUGAUGAAACGUGCAGUGUGGAAAGAAAUUUGAAUUUUAAAAAUAUUUUCUUUACAUACAGGUCACUAGCUAUGUCUAAAUCUGUUGAAAAUGACAAUUGCAAGCAUACAGAAGAAAUGGAAAUAGCUGUUGCAGAUACAAGGGAUGCUUUGAACCUGGUGACACCUGCUAUUGUUGAAAGUUCUCAAACUUCUGUAGGUCAACAUUUGACCUCAGGAAAUGAUAAAAAUCAUACCCAUAAAAUUCAGACAACUUCACUUGAACUGUUGUCCCAAUCUCCAGUAUUGUCGAGUACUAGUGCUGCUACAAGUUCAUUUGUUGGUUUAAGCAUUCGCUCCAUGAAUCCAGUUGUGAUGUUGACAAGAUUAGAAAGUCGCCUGACAUCCUCAGGAACAUGUGAUGUUACUAAAGACAUUAAGUUCAGAAAAAUCUUUAGUGCUAGCUCUAUUAGAAAAACCAUGUCUAAAUCUGAACUGAAGAAAAAAACUUGGUAUGAUGAAGAUGAAUCUAUCUCUGACAUUUCUGUGUCAGAUAUAUCUCUAUCCGACAGUGAAGAAUUUUUGAAACCAGAGAAAGACAAAACUGACAAAAAAGCCAAUGAAAAGACAAAAGUAAAACAUGAUGUGAAGACUAAUAUCAGCAAAGAUAAAUAUGUUAAAUUGGAAAAUGAGAUCAAACAAGAGGAUUACUCUUCGGGGAGAUACAAUUAUAAAAGAUCAGGGGAAAAGAAAGACAUUUCUAAAGAAAAAGAUUCAAACACAAAACAAGUUAAAAAAGAACACACUACAGAUUAUGAGGAUAAUAACUCGGCCGUUGUAAACGAUGAGAGCAAUAGAGUUAAAAAGGUUUUAUUAACUGUCAAAGAAAACAAAUUGUCUUGUUCAGACAAAAAAGAUCACCCAAAAGCAGAUUCUUCUUCUGUAAGCAAAGCUCGACAUCAUCACAACUCUAAUGGAAAGAUCGAAACAGAUUCAGCUAAUGCUGCCCAUGACAAAGCGGAUGAUGAAAAAAGUCACAAACUCCAAGAUAAGAAUAAACGUCGACAUUCAUCAGAUUCUUUAAGGUCAGAAAGAGGCAAAAUUAAAAGGCCUAAACUGGAUCGGCCUGAACAAGUUGUGCAGCCGCACCAAGUUAAAGACAUUAACAAAAAAGAAAAUCCAAGACCAAGCAGUAAGACAUUAAUUUAUUUUUAUUUCUAAAAUUAUGUGAUUUUUUAAUAUUUUUUUUUCCGUCUGGAGCUACUGGAUAAUUAAAAUUUGUAUUUGAACUCUUAGAUCUUUAAUAUUUCUUAUCUGACAUAUAUAAUACAUAAAUGUCCUAGAACUGUUCGUCGCAAGAAGAAAAACUGUAAAUGUUGGUGCUUUUCUGUGAAUUACUUGAAUUAUGAUCUUAUAUUCCAGAACAAAGAUAUGAACUUCACUUGAGUAAUAUCAACAAGUCUGAUAUUGCUAAUGAAGCUUUCAGGAAAUUUAUCAACUUGGCAAGUGAUUGUGCUGUAUAUUUUACCAAAAGUGGGAAAUCACCUAACCCAUUAACAUUAAUUGGGUAAGUACCUUGACUCUUGUAUAAUUACUAUAUAAACAAUGUGGAAUAGUCUCAGUUUUAAAAAAACAACUAAAUUUUAACCCUUGAAACCAGUCUUCAAAGAACUUUAUCUUCCAUGUCUUUAGAUAAAUGUUUCUAACAUCUUUCCAUAACUCAUACUUUCAUUCUACAUGAAAUAGUACAUAACUUUAAGGCUUAUGGAAUUAUGAAAGCUGGACUAAGUUGUUAGAUGGUAUAUGAGAUACUUGCCAUAGAGAAAGUUUUACUUUUGGUGAGACCUUAUACCCAUUUCCACCCUUAAGCGUAAAAACAUUGGAACCAUCAGAUACUCCAAAUAGCACAAUAAGUUUAUAUUAUUUUAAAAUUGAGAUAAUUUUUGUUGCAAAAUAAAAUAAAUUAUGUGAAAGUUGUGUGCCAUGAUUUGAUGGAAGGCUGAUAAUUUUUUGACAAAAUUACUGCUUAUUUUUGCAUAAAAACUGCCUGUUUUUGUACAAGAUCAAUAUUUUUUCCUAGAUCUGUUGUCUUAUAUUUUGAAAAUGCAUCAAGUCUUCAAUCUGCCCUACAAAGAAUGAGUCAGCUCCCAGUACUUUCAGGCAACCAGUGGGUUGAAGGGAUGAUAAAAUGUUUUGAAAUCAGACCAUCAACAAAGAAAGGUGAAUUGAAAGACAGAUGGAGAAAAUCAUUAACAGGUUUGUAAGAAUAUUUUUUAUGAACAAUGCAUCAAAUAUAUUUUGAAUAAAUUUAUUGUCAAGUCCUCAGAUAUUUAUUUAAGUCAAAAGAUGAAACAAAUUUUAUUAGGAUAAAAAUCCUUAAUUUUUUUUUCUUACUACUUCUUCUUGGUCCAGCUUAUGUAUCCAAAAAUGAGACCUUGAUAUCAGAUCGCACAGAUGAGAUUAAUAGGUUGAUAAUAGAUACAUCAGCUGAUUCCAAUUAAUCAAAUGGCAGUUUGUGUUACCAGUAGUUAUCAAAAAUGAUUCCACUUUAAAGAUGUAAUGGUUAUAAUAGCUAAGUCCCUAAAACAUUAUAAUUACAUUUUUAUAGUAUUUUUAAAAAUAUUUUUUUUUCUAGAAAUGUUGGGGAAAAAAUUAAUAGUUUUUUUAAAUUUAGAAUUAAACAUCAACAUUUUAUAGAUAUGAUUUUUUAUGCAAAAUUAUGGGGUAACGCUUAGGUACACCAGUAAUGGGACAAGGAUUGUUUGAAUUCCACUUUAAAAUGUAAUGUUAUUUUUAAUUUAAAAAGAAAGAAAGAAAAUAUAAAACAUGCAGAGUCAUUGUUAUUUAAAUUUUUGUUAAGUAUAAAAAUGAAUGAAAUUUAAUAAUCUUGAUUUAAAAAUAUGGUUAUUUAGAGAAUAAUCUUUGAAUUAAAAUAUCUGAAAUUGACUAUCGAUGCAUUUUCAAAAGUUCCAGAGUACCAGUAUUGCUUUUAAUGUCUGUUUCAGAUACAACUUUAUAUGAUUAUCAGUAUGACUUCCUAAAUUAAUUUCAAUAGAUUCUACAUCAAUCUUUUUUAUUGUUUCAUCAUUUAAACAUGCUAGUCAAGUGAACUUCACUUGAGCUUGGAGUGCCCCUACUGAACUUUGAACUCUAACUUUUUCAUGAAAGAAGAUAGAAAUAAUACAAUUAACCCUUUGCAUGUCCUCAACGGGCACCACUUUUCCGUUUUUUAGUAAAAUUUAGGGUUAUGUUACAAAAAAAGUCAAAUCUAAGGUUUUAGUCAACAAAUUUGUGUGAAAUAAAAAGCAAAAUAAAGGAAAAUGAAUGCAGAUUUAUAAUUGUACUCACAUUUUGCCAUUAAUCCUUAUAUGAACAAAAAUAUUUGCAAAAACAACAUAUUGUUUGUGAUUGUGAGUCAUCUAUUUACUAUUAACAAACACUGCCACAAAAUCGAAGUUUGUAAAAUUCAACACUGCUUACUACGCUGAUUUCACUAAUAUUACUAAUAAUAUAAACAUCUAGUUCCAAUUUACAGUCAAUUAGUGCACUUAAAUGUCACUUUAUUUGAAUCCAGCGAAAUCUCCGCUAUCACUUGAAUAAUCGGCAAAAUCCAUUUAGAAAUUUUUUUUUUUUAAACCCACUAAAACUAAAAAAAAUCGAUUAAAUACUUGUAACUAGCGCCUACUCUAUUUAGCUAUCGGAAAAACCAGAUGUAAACAAUAGGAAGUCUUGGAAAGCCUCGGAGGUCACAAGAAAACAACACUAAGUCGUCACGGACGCUUUUGGGCGUUUUGCCCUUUAAGUGGUAAAGACGUUUUCGGCCGCUCUGCCCCGUAAAGGGUUAAAAAAUUUAAAAGGGGGCCACAUUCUCCUGAAAGUAGCAGUAAAUUUUAGCAGACAAAUUUUUCAUAGUUUGUUGCUAGGUGUACCAUAACAUAACUAAACACCAUACAUGUGACAUGGUGCUUUUUUGAAUAUUAAGGAAGUAGGGAGGGUGAAAAGGGGCACAAUAGGCAGUAGGCGCUUAAAACUGACAAAAAAUACAAUCUGUGCCUUAAAACCUUACAUCUUUUUUUCAACAACUCACAUUUUUCACUAAUCUAUUAAAGAAAGUGCCUUGUAUAUUUCUAUGAUUCUUGUAAUUGGUGGUAAAGUAAAGAAAGGCAAAAAAACGUGAUCACGUCACUCCCAUACUUCACUCCCUUCAUUGGUUCCCUAUACAGGCACGCAUUGGCUACAAGUUGUCUGUUCUCUGUCACAACCUUUUCUCGGAUUCCUGUCCUUCCUAUCUAAGCGAACUUCUUUCUGUCUAUUCACCCCUUCGACAUCUUCGCUCCUCCGCAGACACAUGUAUUCUGUCCAUUCCCAAGACAAACACUAAAACAUAUGGUGAACGAUCUUUCUCUUUCUGCGCCCCCAAACAAUGGAAUUCUUUGCCACUACACAUCCGCAAUAUAAUAAACCACCCAGGCCUUCAAAACUGCACUCAAAACACAUCUCUUUAAACUAAACUACCCUGAGUGAUUCCCCUCCUCUGACCGAUAAAUGAUCUUGUUGGCUGCCGUCCUGGUUUGCCUUGUAAAAGUCAUGGGUUCAUGCUGUUCUUUAUUUCAUAAUUGCAUUUGAUUUUAAUGUCAUGAUUAUGUCUCUUUUGAUAAUAUUUUUAUGUACAGCGCGGUGAGCCCAGCUCUAGGCUGGGAUACCGCGCCAUAAAAGACCACUAAUUAUUAUUAUUAAAUACAACAAAAAUUUGCCUAAAACAUCAAAAGACAUUUAAAAAAAAUGAAAUCAAAUUAAAAGCUUGGGCUUGAAUAGGUGGUUUUAAAUUUUUAUGCUUUCAUGGUUUAUGUGAACAAGAGUUAAAGUUUUGUGUCAACUCUAUGCAAUAAUGAAACCAUUUUGUAAAAUCUCAGUUCUCAGAUAUUCUUUCCAGCUUGUCCUUUCAUGUGUGGACCCAUCAUCAUGUGGUCUUUCUGUUACCCUGUGGAAUUAAUGACAAAGAAUGUCUAGUUAAAGUUGCUUUUUUUCCCCCAGUGUAUUGCCAAUUCAUCUCUGUUUCCUUCUCUGUAUUUUCUGCCUCACAGAUCACUUUCUGAUCUUUCCCUUAUUAUAUCAUCUGUGAUCUUUUUUAACAUCUGUUCUAAAAACCUGUAAUCUCUUGGUAUUAGGUUGGCUAUUUAUACAUGUUUCAUGCACAAAGUGAAAAAUUAACUUGACUUUUGAAUUGUAUCCCUUUUAGCUCUGUUUUUAUCAUUAAUUUUAUUGCUUUUUUAGAGUUUCUGUAUUCUGGUUCUAAGUUCUUGGCUGUGUUAAGUAUGGUUUUCUCCCCAUAUAUAUAUUUAAUCUGAUCAGCUUGGCUUUCUGAUUGAGUUUUAAUUUUUUCAGCCUGCAAACAGGAGGUUCAAAAGUGUGAGUAGUACAAGGGUUAUCCCAAUAUAAAAUUAUAAAAUCAUUAUUUAAAUGAAUUAUCUUCCAGGUAAACUGACUUUUGAGUUCAGUACAGAAAAGGCAGAGAAAUUACGUCAGCUUUAUGCCUAUAAAGGUGAGUAAACAUUGAAAGUGAAAGUGUUUCAUUCAAGUGAUGGAGUUAUAUUUUUAAUUUUAAAAAUGCUGACAGUUUCAGUUAUAAAAUCAGUAUUGUGCAUCAGUAUUUUUAUUUUUCCAGCUUAACUAUGUACAUCUUUGCAUUCUUUUGAAAGUAAGGAAAAUAACCCUGACUGGGCCAUAUAAACAGAUAUGAAUUAUUAUCUUGUAAUACUGUGAAGCUUACAUCUGAAUUUAAGUUAAUGUGUGUUUAAGAUUUAUAGCCUUUGCUGAAACACUACUCAAAAUAUUUUAAAGCUAUUUGGCCCUUUAAUAUUAUUUACUCUGUUGGAUUAAAAUAUAAAAAGUAUUAAAGGAAAUGUGUUUCUAUAAAAUUUAUAUAUUAAUAUUAACCUAUUAAUACUUAAAUUUAUUGUCAAAUUGUAAAUACGCCAUAAUAAAAUUCUCUUUCAAACAAUCUAAACCUCCCUAUCACCUGCAAAAAUUUUCUCAUUGGUAACAUGAAUGUAGAAAAAGGCAGAACAAAAAAGGUGUCUUAUUGUAAUUGUAGUAGUGUUGAAAUUCUUCAAAUCAGCUGAUACAAAUAAAUAUUUCCUCUAAAUAAUCUUGGCACUACUUUCUCAAUCAUUUUUAUUUACUGUGUUAUUUAAAAAGUAAUCAUUACCCAUGGGCUUUACAAAAUUAAAAUAAUUCAGGAGCUAUUAUUUUUUGUUGUUGCAAAUGCUGUUAUAAAACUCAGGUAACUUGGGGACUGGGAUAUCUGAAUUAGACUUCCCUGAUUGUACCAAGUCCUUGAGAUAUGAUCUUUUCAUUGUUGAUAUUCUUUACAUCUUUUAUAUUUUUUGCACAACAAACUGUUUAUUAAUGAUGUCAGUAAUUAAGCCAUGCUUUAAAACAUACUCCUUUCUGAUAACCAUACUUUCUUUCUAGCCUUGGAAUCAUAGGCAGUUACCAAAUACAAAAAUUCUAGGAUGGUACCGGUAUCAGUUCUUUAAAAAACCUAAGCUUGUUUUAUUCUGACUGUUCAAAUCUGUUUUAAAAUAACUAAUUUAUGGCAUUACAUUAAAGAAUUCUCCUGGGGAUAUCACUGACCUGUCUUAUCAAAACGUAAAAUAUUUGAAUGUUAAUAGCUCAUCCUCUCAUAAUUUAUUUCAUCAUUUGAUAAAUUCAGAUGACAUACAGAGGGUUGAGCUUCAAAAUCAGUGAUGUUACAUUAUUUUUAAACUUAGUAAUAUAACGAGAGAAAGGAGCAUUCAUGACACAACAUAUGGAAUCCUUUAAAGUUAUUUUUUCUAUUGAAGAAUACAGUUGCAUUUUCUGGGCAUUCUCUUGAAAGCAUUUGGAAAAUUUAAACUCAACACGAGUGUUCCAGUAGUCUUAGUUGUUUCAUCAACUAUCUUGUUCUGUGGACCGUUCAUAAUUUGUUAUGGAUCACCAUUAUGUUGCAGAUUAUUUGUCCUGGCCUCAGCAGGCAAAGAAGAGAUUUAUUUUACUCGGUAAACGAUACACAUCCAUUGGCACAAACCUUAAAAUAUCUUUGCAUGAAGUUCAGUAACAAGUGCUUAUUGCAGAAAUGCUGACAACAAAGCUCUUUCUUGCUUCACUAGUUGCAGUUGUACACUUCAUGUCAAACAGUCUAUUCCAUUUUUCUGUUUUUGAUUGAUGACAUGGUGCAAGUACAGCAUGCCUGUUUCCGCCUGGGGCUUAUUUCAAGUGUGAAGGCUUCAUUCCACCCAUGUUCCACAAGUGAUAAUGGGUUAAAAUGACAUGCCUUGUUAUUCAAAAGGAUCUAUUUCUUGGAAUCAUAUCCAUCAACCUCAUGGUGCUUCAAGUGCAGAGUGCCAAAUUUCUUCAACCUCUGUGUUGUUAAAAUUUUUAAUUUUGUUAAUAUGGGCAUGCCAUAUCAUAUCUGCACCAGUCUCAUUCAUCUAAUUUUAUUUUUACUUAGUUAUCAUGACUGCUACUUCAUAUUAAGAAUAUCAUCACACAUUAAAUUUUUCACCUUGUCUUCAUAAACCUUUGUCUUGUCAAGCUCAUUUAGAGUGCUCAUAUCUUAUUUGAUUUGAAACUCAUUUCAGGGGCAAAGGAGCACCCCAUUUUUCUGGUUAUCAACCAUUACAUCCCUGAUUGAAGUUGUUGGGUUACUUUUCAUCAAUAUGUACUUGAAUGAAGUCAUUACAUCUAACAAAGUUUGGAUGUAGUAGUCAUUUCUUGUGCUGCCUUCAUUUGUUUCAAGUUGGUUGAAUCAGCCUAUGAUCUACAUUGUAUAGUUUAAUAAUUAUCAAAAAAUGGAUGAAAAGGUCAUUUUCUUAUACUUUCUGAUUUGGGAACUGAAGACUUUAAUUCCUGGUUAUUUAAAAUUCCACUUGGUCUGGAAGUUGAUUUUCAAUCUUUCCUUCCUUUUUUUCCUGAUCAUUUCUCUGUAAUUUUCUAGUAGUGUUGAAAUUCUUCAAAUCAGCUACUGGAUUAUUCUGUGCAAGGCUUGUUUAUAAGACUGAGUCACUUAAUAUAUAGUUGAAACGUUCUAUAGUUUUCAAGUUGAAGAACAAUUUUGACUCAGUUAGUAUACAAAAUGAAAGGUAGCUCUUGUUUUAAUGGAAGAGUUUUUAAAGUCUUGACAGAUUGUGCAAAUUUCUUGACCCCAAAAGUAUUUGACUUGGAAAUCUGGAUCACUUAAAUCCAGUUUAAGAAAAUGAAUGGUAUUCGAUUUUUUUCCAGACAAAAAAAGAGAGGGCACAAAGAGAAAAAGUGCUCAGAUCCACAGGAUUCCAUCAACUAUGAAUCAUGAGAUGUUGACGGUACUGUUUCCAUUUUCCCUCAAUGUUCAAAUUUCUGAGAUGGCCACACUACUAAAGGGAGUUGAAGGGUAAGUUGGGAAAACAAAGAAAUAUGACAAAAAUGUGCCUAAACCAUCAAAAGACAUUUAAAAAAAAUUGUGAAAUCAAUUUAAAAGCUUGGACUUGAAUAGUUGGUAUGAAAUUUUUAUGCUUUCAUGGUCUAUGUGAGCAAGAACCUGUGAGCUGGAAACAUUCAAUGAACAAAUAAUUUCUGAGGACAUCAUUGCAGAUCUUCGAUUAUCUCACAUUUUUUGGACUUCUUGUUACUCUUAUUCUACAAGGUGAUUGAAAGUCCCGUUCUGUUUAUAAUACUAUACAGAAAACUGUUUUCAGUAUUGUCCGGUUGCACUGCUGCUUUUCAUUUUUUAAAUUUACCUUUAAUGUUCAAUUAGUCAAUUCAAGGUUAUCAUGUCAAGAUCUCAUACUCUGACUAUGUCUGUAUUUGAACGUAAGCAUCCAUUAGCACUCUAAUGGAAAAAAACAAACAAAAUGAAUGCACUGCAUGCAGCUAAGCAACAUUCUUCCCACAAGUGUUGCUAUGAAAAACAUCCUUUGUUCACAUUGUAAAAAUAUGUACGCUGUUUAUGAACUUGUCAUAUACAGGACCACUGUAAUCAGACUUCACAAAUACAUUUUAAGUACUUAACAGACAUGCAGUAAAACUUAUCUAUUGUGGAAUAAUCAGCAUGAAGAGUAUAAAAAGUAAAGAUGAGAAACUCUGCAGUGUUACAGCUCUUGGUAAUAGAGAAACACUUAUCCUGAAUACUGAUGUAAACCUGUGUAUCAUGAAAGUACCUGCCCUAGAGGCAAAUUUAGUUUUCAUAUAUACAUAUUCAUUAUCAACUUCCCAGCCAAGACCUUGGUUUUGAAUAGCAGUAAUAAAUGGAAUGCUUAUUCUGAGGGUCAUAAAUAAGGAUUCAGUUUUAUCACCUGAAUUGAUAUUCUUUAAAACGUCCUCAUUUCCUUUUUUAAAAAAAUUUCUGUCACUGGAAAACUUAAUCAACUUUCAUUUCUUUAGAACAUAUUCACAGAAUCAAUCUUUGCCCAAACUUUGUGGAAUCAAAGAAUACCAAUUAUAUGUCCCACCAUUUCUUGUGAUAUUCCUAUAAUGAGAGCUAUUUCUUUUUGUAGAUGCUUUCUAGUCAGUGGUUGAAGUGGAAUGUGCUUGCCCCACUUCUCUCUCUUUCAACCACUUUAAACAGCAUCUCACUGUACUCUCGUUAACAAGCUGAUCAUCAUAAAUGACUUCCAUUCUACAUUUAUUGGGGAAUUUCAUUAGGAAGAACUACUUUCCACUUAAAAUUUUUUUUUUAUUUGACAAUGGUGUAGACUUCGCAGGACGAAAUCACAAGACCUGGGAUUUUUUCUUUAGGACUAUAAACUGUUUCCCUAGACAGCAAAUCGCCUCUCUCUACGCACCUGGAUAACCCAAGGGAACACCAUAUAAGGAUGAUACAGCUUGGCACCAGUUGCGUCACAGGAGGUGUCGGAAUUUUUCAUUGUAUUAAUGAAUCUGCUUACGGGAUUCCUCCGGAUUUUAAUUCGGGGUUUCCUUCUCUUAGAGGAGUUGCCAUUCAAGGUUAAUGGUUCCCAUCCACCUGGUGUGCUCAUCCUUGUUGCUUUUGCUUGACUUUGUCUUUGGUGGGGAUUGAACUCCUGACCACAAGCUUGGAAUUUACUCAGCAAUAGCACACUGUUUGAACCAAGCGUCUGAACACUCCUCCAUUUUGAUAUGCACUGGGUGAGAACUGUAAGCAUCUGUGUUCGAGGUCUAGCUUUACACAAAUGCAGAGUGGCUUAAAAAGGAAAACUUUCUUUGUGCCAGGCUUUCUAAGUCUCAUAAUCAUAUCACAGGACCGUGUUUUGCUUGAGAACUACUAAAGAAUAAGAUCUGAAAUUAUUCAAAAGAACCUGACAAGGAAUCACCUAGAAAUCAAAAGAGCAAGUACUAAGUAUAUCAGGAACUGAAGUUUUUUUUGUUUUUGCAGUUGAAAUGGUUUAAAAAAAUUCAAACUCGUUUUUCAUUAAAAAAAACAACAUAAAGGAACAUCUUGCUAUUGCAUGGAUUUACUUUGCCGGUGCCUAUUAUAGACAUGGCAUUUAUUGUGUAUGUGUUUUAUCCACAAAUGAUUGAAUUUAUCAAAGUAUUUGUGGAUAAUACCCAAUACAUAAACAUUUUGUUCAUAUUUUUUUCAUCAAAAUGUUGGUUCACAGUACAAGUCUGAAAACUUUUUAAAAACAAAGUCAUCAAAAAAAUUUGUGAAAUCAGUCAUCAUAUUCCUUCAAUGAAAAAUAGGAAAAACUGAUUUUUGUGGGGUGGGUCUGAAAAUUUGGUUGAUUGUGUUGACAUUGGCAACAAGUCUAUGUGCCUAGUUUCAGCUUCAUAGGUUCAUGGGAAGUGGGUCAAUUAGCUGUCCAAAGAUUUUGCCAGCCAAACAACCAUGAACAAAAGCAAAGUUAAUAUAAAGGAUUUUUAAAAAACACAUUUUUGCAGAAUAAGAAAACUUAAAUACAUUUUUUUUCUUCUCUAUGCCCUGCCUUACAAUUGAUGAGAAAAGUUUUUCUUGCUUGAGGUCAGCAUCAACCUGCUUUUGCAAAAUAUUAGCAGGAGCAUUUGUUGUGAUAUUACCUUCACAAACGAGCAGAGGUUGCAACAAAGGAGCAGAAACACUGAAUUAUGUUUCAUGGCUCCUCCUCAUCAUUUGAUCAGGUCAACUUUGAAACUUUUGUGAUCAAUGUUUUGUUUCUCACCUUUUUUUAUAGGCCAGUUUCUAUCGAGUUUGAAAGUCAAGAAUGGAUGGAAGCUGUUUUGACAUGUUUCAGACAGUUUACCUACCGCUCUUCAACAAAUGACAAGUGGCCAUUCUAUUUAAAAAUUUUAAACUUCUCACCCCCUAAGCCGGACAAAUUUGGUAAGUAAUAGACAAAGCAUUAACUUUAUUUAAUAUAGGCCAACCUAACAAAGAUGGCAUGCCCCCAGAGAAGUUGAUUGUCAUUUAAAAUGAUUUAUUUUCUGUGAACCCAGUUGAAAAAGUACGAGAUUUUCUAAUGGAGCUAGCUAAAAUGUUAAAGCAAUUUGUAAAAGUAAAAACAGCCCAACGGUACAUUGUUAUUAAAGGAAAAUCACUGUGUUAUGAACAUUCAAAACUAAUUCUGCUUUAUAAACACCUCCCCCCAACCGACAGAUUAUGGCCCUCAAUAAAUAUAACUGGAAGGGACGGUGCUUCUUGCAUCGUGACAUUUGUUUUCUGUAGACUAAUAGACAGUCCGCAACUUUCCUCAUAUAUUGAUACAAAUUUAGAAGCUUUUUUUGACACCACAAUUGUUUUAUUAAAAGAUAGAUAUGAACCUCAAAUUUCCUUACAAAUAAUACAAAAUAAGAUGUUAGGACCAAAAGAUAUACAAAUUAUUUUGUUCCCUAAUCUGUUCAAAUUUACCAGAGUGCUCCUCAGGUUGUUAGACAAUCCAUCAACCUUAAGACAAUAUUGUCAUUAAGGGAGUGAGGUAUUAUGGUACAUGAUUGAUGAUUUUUUGAGCUUGAGAAUACAUUAAAUGUCUUGCUUAUAAAUUGCUCCAGUUUAAAUGUACUUUCAAGAAUAUUAACCAUGUGCUGAAAAUGAAUAUGUAGAAUGUAAAGAAACAUUCAUUAAAAGAAUCGUAUUAACAGUGUACUAAGAAAACAAUACCAAAGCUAGUGAAGUUCACAAUAAACAAUUUAUUACCCUAACAAUUCUAAUAUAUUAACUACAAAAUAAGAAAAUAUAGAAAUAAGAAUAAGAAAAAAAAAUAAUACCAAUCAACUUAUAGCACUUGAAUAUACUGGCAAUAAAAAGUGGAAAUAGUAAUCCACACACACAUUGAAAAUAUUAACCCACACAAGAAAUAUGAAUGGUAGCAAAUAUUAAUCCACCCAAGAAAAUAUUAAUACACACAAGUAAUGAAAAUGUAAUCCACACAAAUAAUGGAUAUGGCCAAAAAUAUUAAUCCAUACAAGCGAAUAUUAAUCCACACAAAAAUAAUGGAUGUGGCCAAAAAUAUUAAUCCACACAAGAAAAUAUUAAUCCAGACAAGAAAAUAUUAAUCCACACAAAUAAGAGAAAUGUGAAAAUAUUAAUCCACACAAUUAAUGGACAUUGCCAACAAUUUUAAUCCACACAAGUAAGGGUAAUGUGAAAUAUUAGUCCACACAAAUAUUGGAUAUGGCAAAAAAUAUUAAUACACACAAGAAAAUACUAAUCCACACAAGUGAUAGAAAUGUUAAAAUAUUUAUCCAUACACACACAAUAGUAAAUAGCUCUAGCAAAAGUCUCGCUUAAGUCUGUCUAAAUCUCUGUAACCUGUCUUAUUUACAUUGAAGAAAAGAACUACUAGAAAUCUAACUGUACCUAGAAAUGCAGGUGGCAUGUGUGAGAGAACAGUCUUUAACAACAAAGGAUGUGAAAAUUAUGCAUCUUAAUUAACAUUAACAGGUCUCAUAAGCAACACUUGGCACAUAUUCUUAAUCAAGCACAUGGAGGAAAUUGUAGUGCCUAGCACUAAGUUAGUUAGUGAAAAAAUAAAACACUAGGCAGGCGAUAGACACUAGCAGCACACAGGGUGUAACAAAAAAGUUAUGACAGAUUUGAGUUAGAAUUUAUUAGAAUUGUUUUUUUUUUCAUAUGUAGUAGGGUCUUCAUAAUAUAAGUUUUCAUUUAAUGAAACCUUUGUAGAUUUUGAAGUACUAACAAUAUGAAAUAGGGAUAUAAUUAAAUGUGAAUAUUUUUAUAUUUAAUUAAUUAGAUUGGAAUUUGCAGCUAAUGGUUUCAUUCCUUUGAUCUUUUGAAUUAAGAUUAAAUAUAACUCUUGAAAUGAUCUGAAAAUAUUUUUAGUUUCACUGUCAAACAUGGAUAAAAAAUUAUAGCUGAUCAUUGAAAGACAAUGUGAUUUUAUUUGAUGUCAUUUUUAAUUAUAAUCUUUUAAUUAUCUUUUCAUAUAUAUACACCCUUAGUGCAUCAAAGUGGAAUUGCUGUUCCUGGCAAAAGUCAAUAUCCGGGCUACAAUAAAUCACAACAACAAAACCUCAAAGGUAAAGAACUCAGUUAUGAUCCAAAGACCCAGAGAGCUGAUAUGAAACCCAGAAAUCAGGGUUUGAAACGUCACCUAAUGGAUAAUCCUAAAGACAUAGAUAGGAAAGAACUUGGACAAAGGUAGGUCUUUCAAAAUCAUUUCAAUAUCCUUAUAUAAUGUUGGUAAAAUGUAAAAUUGUUAAAAAAAUAUUCCUUAAAAAAAAAAAAGCAGAGAAUAAUUUUAAUCACUGUGAAAUUAUCCCCAGGUUUGACAAGAGAUCAUUUCCAGAAGGUGGGAAAGGAAAAUCAAAAACUCAUGAAAUUAUUAAGAACACUUCUGAGUCCAGGUACGUUGAAUAGAGAUAACAAGAUAUUUUUUUUACUGAACAAAAAUACACUGAAGAUGUCUUUGUGUAAGAGUUUCCACAUUCAUUAAAACUUAAAAUGAAGGGUUAAAAUAAACCUGGAAUAAAAUAAUUGCAAUGCCUUUUGACUUCAAAACUUAACUUUGGAAAGUUAAAAUAUUGUUCUUUUCUUAAUAGAGGUUUGCAGCCGAAAAACACUUCUUGGAAUCAAAGGUCAGAUAAACAGCAGAGCCAAGUUUUAGAUCCCCAAAGAGAAGCUUUGCGACAAUUAGCUAUUUCUCGUGGAUUGGAUCCAAAUAAUCAAGAUGUUAUCAAAAUUCUUGAGGUCAGUAAAAAAAAUAUGCUGAUAUGGAAUUAAUCCCAAACAAUUUUUAAAUUAAUAAAUGAGAUGUUUAAUUUGGUAAAGAAUUACCAGGAAAAUGAUUAUUUUAAAACUAUUUCUAUAUUCGAAUUCAGCCGUUAGGUGAUGUUGGGUGAUUUUUGUUAUUUGUAGGAAGGUGCAGUGGGAACUUAAUGGGGACAAUCCCAAGAAUAAUAAGGCAAUUUAUGAGUGUUUUUCUUUUUUUACAAUGAUAGAUAUAAAAAAAAAAAUUCAAAACAUUUUGUGACAAAAAAUGUGUUUCAAUCCUCAGAUGACAACUCAGUUGGAAGCUCUUCAAGCCCUGGCUCUUAAGCAAAGAGUUGAAGCCCAUUCUUUAGGCAUUAUUAAAAUUAAUCCUAACCCCGUGAUAUCUGCAGAGCGACUCCAGGAAAUCCCACAGGUCAGGGGUUCAGAGGUCCUGAAAAGACAACAUGAGGGCAGGAAGACAGCAAUCAACCAGGCAGAAAACACUUCAAUUAAUGCUUGGCCUCAAAAAAGAUGGGAGGUUGAAAAAGAGAUCAGACAAAGACAGGAGAUGGAAAGAAAACAGCAAGAAGAAUAUAAACUUCAUCAUACUGAAUUCAUGUUGAAAGAAAAUAUUGAAGCUAAAAAAAGACAGUUGGAAGAACUGGAGAUGAGAAUGAAACACCAAAUUGAUAUUUGUAUGAGCUUGGAAAAUUCAAAUAGAAAUUACAGACAAUCUCCGACAUUGCCUCCAACUAAAUCAGGAAAUGUCAGUGAAGAACAGCCUUUCAAAAAUGCGCCACCAACACCAGGGCUUCUUGGACCAGCUCCAAGAGAAUAUGUUAAUGCAGGGCAGCACCCAGCUCUCAGUUACACUGCCGCUUCUGGUCAACCAGCUCUCAAUUACCCUGCUGCUUCAGCUAAACAUGAGCCAAGAGAGAAUCCAUUUCCUGGUCAUCACAUGCCAUUGCAAGCCGAGUUCAAACAUGCUGAUCAUAAUAGAAGCAGGUCGCUUAGGAGUUCUAGGUCACCUGAUCGUCAUUCUAGAACUUCCAGGAUGUCUUCGCCCGGCCAUAACAAAUCCCAAAGUCAGACGGAUCUAUCAAAUAGAGAUAGAAGGUAUGUGCAUGAGGGACGGCACGAGUCAAGAAUUUCUAAUGACAAACGAAAUGAUAAGCGGAAAUUGUGGACUAAAGGACCACCAGCUCAUUCCCGUAAUGGUAGGUUAAUAUUUUUUUAAUAAUUUAUUUUAAAAAUAAAACAACUGAAUGGGAGCAACUACUGUGGUUAUUUAAGAGCUCCUCACUGUGCCAAUCAUUGAUAAUACAUUUUUAACACUUUUCAAUCCAAACAUGUUAUUUUAUAUCUAAAUUUCAGAGGGGUUUUCCAUCCCAAAAAUAACUAUUUCUGGCACUUUUGCUUGUAAAAUGGAGACUUUGAAUGUGGAUUAGUAUCAAAGUAAAUAACAUAAUAUGAUCUUUUCAUGGAGAUUGUUUUGCAUUUCUAAGAAAAUUUCUGGGCUCUGGGACAGCAAAUGGUUUAAGAUAUUAUUGCUGCCACACGCAUUUGUCAAGACCCAGACUUACCACUGUGUAUACACAAAAGCCUAAGAUGAUUGAUUAUGCAUGGAUUUAGAUAAAUUUUAAAAUUAAUAUUGAAGUUUUUAAUAUUAAUAAUUUUUGUAUUUCAUUCAGAUUAUGGCAGAGAUGACAAAAAUUCUGUAGAUCCUAACAGAAAUGACCAUCCACUAGAUUUUAACAAGCGCCCGCCGGCUAUUUCAACAGAACAAGCUGUAAAACAAGAUCAAUAUCGAACUAUGGAAACAUUAAAAGAGAUUAAAGUAAGCGUACCGCCAAGAGACGGAAGGCAACAAAGUGCUGAUGAAAUGUAUCUGCCAGUCCAAUUUGGAAAGAAUGCAGUGAAAAGAACUGCCAAGGAAAUUGAAGAAGAGAAAAGAAUGAGGUUUGAGGAAAAACAAUCUGAAAUACUAGACAGGGAAGGGAGAGAUGGAAGGAGAUUUGGUUUAAAUAAAGAAAUUGGCAUUUCUCAAAAUGUAGGUAGGGCUUUUGGGGGUGGAUCUAAUGUUCCAGGCAAUGAAAAGGCUUUGUUAAGACAGACCAAAAUAUCAGAACAUAGGGGGGAAGCAAAUAUUUAUAUGCAUAAUAAAGUAGGACAAAGCAACAGAACAUCAUUUAAAAAUAGACCAGGGAUUCUUGGAAAUUGUCCAAUGGAACUUCAUGACACAACUAAAGCUAAUAAUGACUCGACCAGAGUUAACAUGAAUUCACCAUCUAAAAGCAGGGCCAGACUUCAUGUCCAAGAAAAUGCUAGGCCUGACUGGAAUCCUGGAGGUUUAGAAGGUCGUAUGCAAGAUAGAACGGGACAGAAUUUCAGAGGACCACCACAUAGCAAGGAACCUGUCCAGAUGGAAAGAAUAGGACCUGAUGUCCUGGGACAUUCAAGAGACACAAUGAAGUCACAGUUUGCUGGCCGAAUGAAUAACCAGAGUCAUGAGAGAGAGUUUCCUCAGCAUAGACAUGACAUGAGCUCUCAGCAGGAAGAGAGUGGCCUAGAAACUGAGGGAGCACCUUAUGGCCAUCAUCUGAACAUUGCAAGGGAAAACAAUGAAGAACUUCAUAGAGGCAGAGUUUUUGGGGCAAGAGGUAAAAUAAAGGGUAUUCUUAAAGCAAGCAGGGGUUUACCAGAUCAUAGUGGUGUACCAGAUAGGGACGCUUAUAAUUCAAAGGGCAGACUCUGGUCAAAAUCUAACACUCAAGACAGAAGUCUACUCAAUGAGACAUCAACUGAGCAGCAGUGGGGUGAAAGGGACCAAACUGAUCAAUGGGGGACAACAAAGCCAUCAGACUAUUGGCAGACUUCAACAAAUUAUGUUGACACUUUUCAGGACAAUGCUGGCCAGGAUUUAUAUACUAAUGAAUCGAGGAGUAAUGAACCUCCAGGGCCAAAUGAGAGGUUUGUCAAUGCAGAAGCUUUUGGUAACCAGAAUCCUAACCAGGAUUACAACUAUGGAGAAUAUCAAAACUACCCACAAGAAGAAGGGCAAUCAUGGGAGAAUGAAACUUUCCAGCCCUUUUAUGGAGAAUCUAGAUCUGCUUUUCAAGGUGACUCCAGAAGGGGUGAUUUAAUGCAGAAUAGAACUGGAAGGCCUUCAGAGGACUUUGAGGCAGAUGCUCCAACACAAGCUACUAGUACAGUUCCAAAAGGGUCACAAAUAGCCACUACAUUUUCUGGAGAGGAUGUAGAUGAAUAUUAUGGGGAAAUUGAAAGGGGAGAUUUUGUCAACCCUAACAGACCACUUAGGGGCAAUCAGAGAGGCAUUUUCCGAGGUCUACAAAAGGGCUCUUUCAGAGGUGGAUUGUUGGAGAAUGUUCCUGAGCAGCACUCAGCUUAUGAUGCUAGGAGUAACUCAGCAUACAAACCUGACCAAUACCCUCAUGGUGGUAUAGGAGGAUCACAAAGGGGAUCUUCAAUGAAAAAAGCUUUACCUGUUCGAGGAACACAGAGGGGAAGAGGGUUCUCAAUGGGAAGAGGGGCGUCAUUUGGAAGAGGAGCCGGCUUACUUCCUUGUCCGCAGAGCACCUCACAAGAAUACACUGGAUUCCAAGAUGAUAGUGUAAAGCAACAAUCAGGACCUCAAGGAAUAAGAGGCGUCCCGGAUCAUUACCCAUUUUUAUUAAAUAAUCCAACCCGUGGCAGAGCUGGUGGUGCCAACUUUAAUGCUUUCCAAUAAUUUCUCAUUUUUAUAAUUACAUUUAUAUGAAGGAGAAAAAAACUCAAACAGCAGAAGCUAUAAAUUAUAAAGCAGUCUCCACUAUUAUGUAUCAGCUGCUUCUGAUUACUUAUAUACAAAAUACAUGGGCACCUACAAGGGCAGAUCCACAAAUCAUAGUUUGGGGGGUGGGGUAUGGAUUAAAAAAUAAACAAGAAUUGUCUCUUUAAAAAAUAGUCCAUGAUUAAAAUAUUAAAUUGAUGAGAGAUCCUGAUUUUCACAUUGGUUUAAACUAAAUAAUUAAAUAACUGGAAAAAUUAGUAAAUAAAUUUUAGUAAAAGCUUAAUAAGAUAUCAAAUUUUUCUGUAAAUAAAUAUAAUUUUGAAACUUUAAAGUUAAAUGGUUUUGUUAAAAUGCAUUAACAUAUUUUUAUCUGCUAUCACAACAAAUUGGGUUCUAAGCAAGUAAAGACUACAACUGUGGGACACCACUGUUUACAAUUAAAUGGGAUUUGUUGACUGAUUUUGCAAAUUAUAAUUUAUGAUUUUUAAUUUUAGUACAGUAACAUUUGAUGACAGCUGCAAAAAGUAGUAUGCUUGUCGUUAAAUUUUGUUAUGUUUUUUUUAGUCUACAUGAUUUUAUAGUUUAUAUUUUACUUCAUAUUUUUUUGUAUUUUGUCUAAUAAGUGACUGUGUAUUAAAUUGUUUUGAAUAUUUUUUGUGUUACAAGGAAGUAUUUAAGCAUUGUUCACAGGUGUUGUGCAGCUUUCAGGUUUAGUCAAUCCACUUGUGAAUUAUGACACUAUCGCUAAGCUUUAUAUUUACAGUGGAUGAUGCUGAGCUCCACAAAAUAAAAAUAAUCAUGCAAAGCUUACUUUUGGAAAUAUUAAAUUGUUAUGUCCUGGCCCAAAUACAUUAGUGCAAAAGAAUUCAAUGAAAAAAAAAGGGGGGGGGGGGGGUUUAAACU